AUGGUCCGAUUCGGACAAGCAGUAGUGGGCGCACCCGGUGCCGGCAAAUCUACUUAUGCUAAGGCCGUCUUCAACCAUCUGAUCGGACAGAACAAGGACGUUGCCAUUAUCAACUUGGACCCGGCUGUUUCUUUCGCCGAGGCCAGGGUUGACAUUUGCACUUUGGUGGAGCACGCGGAUGUGAUGGAAGAACUCAGCCUCGGCCCGAAUGGGGCACUCGUCUACUGCAUGGAACUCCUCCUUGAGAAUAUCGACUGGCUGUUGACGGAAAUCGAGAAGAUUCCGAAAUCGACUUAUUUAGUUUUUGACUUUCCGGGACAGGCAGAGCUGUAUUCUGUUCACGAUUGCGUCGAAAAGCUGGUCUUUCAAUUGCAGAAAAAUCACAUCCGACUAUGUGCGGUCUACUUCACCGAAGCUCGCCACGCAGCAGACGCUCAUCUAUUUACAGCAGCGCUUUUGGCGACACUCUCUUCAAUGCUGCGCCUUGCCUUGCCAGCUGUUAAUGCAGUAUUCUAG